AUGUCUGAAAACCAAACCGCCCUCGGCGAUGAAGACACUAAUCACCUUCGCCAUCACGCCUCUAUCAAAGAGGUCGCUAUUCGCCCGCAUACUGCAAACAAAUCUCUUUCUGCUCAAAAAUCGGCACAUGAUAAAUGGAGAGAAGAAAUGGAAAAUGAAAUUCUAGAGGCUCCGUCUUCCGUCAAUAUAGCCAAUUUGUCGGAAAUACAACCUAGCCCACCCAGCAUAUACAACUCCCCAAUGUUGUCGCAGCCAGAGGUCUCUAAUAUUACUACAACCUCUGGAGUCUCAGUUUUUAAUACCUCAGCCAUGACCGAUGACCAUUCUACUAAAUUGAAGCGACAUCAUAAGCUCUUCAGAGUGGUAGCCUUUACUACCAACUCUGUCGAAGAAGUCCUUGCAACCGUCGCAAUGAAUGCCGAUACGUUGUACGGUAGUAGAGUUGUCAGUGAAUUAGAUUGUAUUAUCUUCUUCUUCAAGUCGCGCAAAUUGGCAAACCAAGCAAUAUCUGCUGGUGCUAAGUCCAAGCUCACUAUGAUACCUCAAACCGUCAAAACAUCAUUCCGUUAUAAGGUCGACAAGGAUUUAGACAAGACUAAUAUGCAUUCUAUUAUCUCAACCCUUGGUUCUUCUAUCAACAAUAUCAAUUUUAGCAAGAUGGAUGAUCAGGAAUUUUGGGCUAUUGGUACUAAUAUUGAGUUACCUGCCAAUCAUUUGAAGAAAUUUAAGCUUUCCAAAAUGAGAACAGAUAUCUCUCGCUUCCGUAUUGCCUUUAAUGGUAAAGAAAAAGAUCUUCCUAAACUCAAGGGUGCCAUUAGUUCCCAAUGGAAAGUCAAGAUUGAGAGUAUCGAGUUGGCUAAGAAGAUGGCUGUUGUUGGUAUUAAAAAGAUCAAAUUACCAAUAACAUUACCAAGUUCGUCCAAGUUGGUAAUUAUAGUUUCAGAAACCUCUCAUUCUCUACUAGAGUUGCCAAUUCUAUCAGUCACAGAAUGGAAGCUGUUGAAAAACAAAUGUCUGAAAUGUCAUCAGCUCUCCAAAAAUUGA